AUGCACAAGCAGCUAUUGAAGGUGCCUUUUUCGAAGUUUCUAAAAAAGAAGAUUCAAAAAGAUUAUCCAGAAAUUAAUUCCUAGGCUCUGACAUUCCAAGCCUGCCUCCCUUGCUUCUAUUCGCUGGCCGUUGUGACUUAUUCCUCGGAACAACUUGGCAUUUUCUACCAUCCCAGUUUCGGAUACGCCACUUUUUCCUUCCUAGUUUGCGUCCCUGUGGUUUCUCCGCUCGCUUCUUUUUUCUUCGUCCAGCCCUAUCGAAACUUCUUUAGAAGAGUCAUUGGGAAUAAAGACAACACAGGAACCGUUUCCUUUGUAUUAACAUCCGUGGCUUAAUAAACUUCGUUUUUACAGACUGAAUAAAGCUCUAUUGCUCAUACUACCUGAGAUUUACGUUGGUGUUUAUAUGUAAACAAAAUGACCGCUGGCCAAUCGCGGGAAAUCGGAUACACCGGCCGCCGGUAAAACGAAACCACAUUAACAAGCGGAACCUGGCCACUUUCUGGAUCUUUGCCGACUUCAACGGAUUUUCGAAUCGAAUUCUUUUCCGAGAACGGAAUAAAGGCCUUAUCAAUGAUGAACUUGAAUGCCAUCCGAAUCGCUUCGAUCUAUUGAUGGCGACGAUCCAAAAAAGGCGAACAACGGGUAGUCAUGGGAAACGUCGCUUCAUUGUAUUCUGUCCUCGUUUUCCCAUAUGACAAUUUGUUUUUUUUGGUCGCUUGUUGCCUGACGUGGCAGAAGCUCUGAAGCUUCACCUUUUGCCGUUUAGUACAUUUCGAGAGAAAACUUGGCCAUUCGCGUAGAAAUCUGUGUUUUGACUAUGAAUAUUUGAUCGCUCACUGUUUGGAAGAAAGAUAACACCCAAAUAAAGCUAGGAAAAAACUUUCGCGGUACUGACACUUUCCAGCUCCACCUUUUCUGUGUUUUCAGAGGAUACAUAUCUUUGCUUCUUUUUAUCAUUCGUGUAAUCGAGGUUUUGAUAAAGAAAAUUUUAACUUCGACCUUUAAAAAAUCAUGUAGUUUUUUGAAAAGGUGUCCCUUUGAAAUGUUGUCAUAAACAGAGAAAUAUUCUAUUUCUUUCUGUAAAUUUUGCCUUGAACAAAGGGAUCGGAAAAAAGGAAUAUCAUGUGCGGCAAGACGGAAAAACUGUGAAUAUGAACCUAUUGAGACUGAAUAAAUCAAAACGGUGGCAAAGGCGACGGCAGCUUUCAAUCAUCGGUCAUGUCGUUGGAAAGAAACAAGAAUACCCAGGUUCUCUGGAGGCGGUGUCUGUUACCUUGCCGGUGGGUCGCCGCCGUUACUUUUGUUGUUAUUAUGAGCCGCCGUCAUUCGGCUCGGCUUAUGCCUCUGAUCAACGUCGUCGGCGUGUUCAAGGUCGCCGGCAAGGCCUGGACCUGCUUCAUCGGUAUGAUAAUCAAAUCUAUUCAUUGUUUUUCGCGUUGCAACAAAGGCGUUUCAAGUCGGCUAACUUUAAGAAUAACUUCAAUAUAACGAUUAUAAUUCAUGAAGGUUUUCGCAGUUGUGGUUAGAGUUAAACUUCUGACAUGCGAUCACAGCUCAAAAGUUGCUGCCUGAUGAUGGGAAGCUCCCGUCCCUUUGCCACCGCUUUGACUCAUUCAGUCUCCUUAGGUUCACACUUACAGUUUUUUCCGUCUUUCUAUGCAUGAUCUUCUUUUUUUGAUAUCAUAUCUUGCUUUCAAGUUAUAUCAAUAAAGAUUAUCAACUUUUUUUCAUAAUUGAAAGCGUAGUAGUCGUUCUCUUUGAAAUUAUCUUCGUAUAAGUGACUUUUUCCAUUUUUCCAUUUUCAAUUAGUUUUCAUUACACAGAUAUUUUUUUUAAUUGCUCCGAGUUUUAGUGAAGACAAUCUAUAUUGUAAAAAAGUCUAUCCCUUUGCUGAAGGUUUGCUCAGUCCUUUUCAUUCCAGAUCCUGAAUAUUUUAAUUGAGUCCUUUUCUAUGUAUUUUGAAAAGUUGUCAGUUCAACGUAGUCUCUAUCCAGCCAACUUCCCGCAUUACAGUCAGUUCCCAACUGGACGUGUCCAGACCAGCAAAAAAGGAGAAAAGCUGACAAACAAGCCAGUGAUAGCCGGCGUCCAAAACAUGUUGACUAUUGGGAUUUACCUGCUCCUCCUCGCAGACGUUUUUUUCCCAGGGCCGUAA